GCGGCUCCCACGUUGUCUCUAUGAUCCCGCCGAUGGCCAGAGCGCCGCCCGCGAGGGGCGGGACCGGAAGUGACGUCAGGCCGAGCGUCGCCGAGGCGGAGGGGCCGCGGUGAGGCGGGAGCGGCGGCGGCGGCGGCUCUGGGCUCUUCUCAGCAGCUCCACAAGGAUGGCCACGGACUGGCUGGGCAGCAUUGUGUCCAUAAACUGUGGGGAGAGUUUGGGGGUUUACCAGGGCAGAGUUUCUGCUGUGGAUCAGGUCAGCCAGACCAUCUCCCUCACACGGCCCUUCCACAAUGGUGUCAAAUGCCUCGUGCCAGAGGUCACCUUCAGGGCAGGUGACAUCACUGAGCUGAAGAUCCUGGAGAUCCCAGGGCCGGGGGACAGCAGACAAUGCGGGGACUCGCAGCAGAUGGACACGGCCAUGCCUGGCGUGGGCUGCCAGGUGGGGCCCAGCCAGAAUGGCACUGGCAAGGUGCUGAAGAAGCCCAUGUCCAGCAGUGCCCCUCAGAACAUCCCCAGGAGGCCAGACAUGAAGAGCCAGGAGCUGCUCAUCUCCCCACAGCAGCAGUGCUCCAAGAGCUACAUGGACCGACACAUGGAAACGCUGAGCCAGUCCAAAGGCUUCCGGCGGAGGCACAACUCCUGGUCAUCGAGCAGCCGCCACCCCAACCAGGUGACCCCGAAGAAGAGCGGCCUGAAGAACGGGCAGAUGAAGAGCAAGGACGACGAGUGCUUCGGGGACGACAUCGACGAGAUCCCGGACACGGAUUUCGAUUUCGAGGGCAACCUGGCGCUGUUUGACAAGGCGGCCGUGUUCGAGGAGAUCGAGACGUACGAGAGGAGGGGCGGCGCCCGCUCCCGCGGCACGCCCAGCGACAAACCCGCCCGCUACCGGCACGACGAGAACAUCCUGGAGUCCGAGCCCAUCGUCUACAGGCGGAUCGUGGUGCCCCACAGCCCUCACAAGGAGUUCUGCACCGACUCGGGGCUGGUGGUGCCCAGCGUGUCCUACGAGCUGCACAAGAAGCUGCUGGCAGUGGCUGAGAAGCACGGGCUGAGCCUGGAGAGGAGGCUGGAGAUGACAGGGGUGUGUGCCAGCCAGAUGGCCCUCAGCCUCCUGGGGGGGCCCAACAGACUGAACCCCAAGAACGUGCACCAGCGGCCCACGGUGGCGCUGCUGUGCGGCCCCCACGUGAAGGGGGCUCAGGGCAUCAGCUGCGGCCGCCACCUCUCCAACCACGACGUGCACGUCAUCCUCUUCCUCCCCAACUUCGUCAAGAUGCUGGAGUCCAUCACCAACGAGCUCAGCCUCUUCAGCAAGACACAGGGCCAGCAGGUGUCCAGUGUCAAAGACCUCCCAGACACCCCGGUUGACUUGGUGAUCAACUGCCUGGAUUGUCACGAGAAUGCCUUUCUGAGAGACCAGCCCUGGUACAAAGCAGUGGUGGACUGGGCCAACCAGAACCGAGCCCCCGUGCUGAGCAUAGACCCGCCCAUGAGCGAGGCGGAGCUGGGCAUCGACGCCAAGUGGUCGCUGGCGCUGGGGCUGCCGCUGCCGCUGGGCGAGCGCGCCGGCCGCGUCUACCUCUGUGACAUUGGCAUCCCCCAGAAGGUCUUCCAGGAGGUGGGCAUCAACUACCACUCACCCUUUGGCUGCAAAUUUGUCAUCCCCCUGCACUCCACUUAGAGCUCACCCCUGUUCUGAGAGGAGGGAGGAGCUCUGUGAAAAAAACCAAGCUGGAUCCCCCGCCCCCCUGGUUGGAUCCCGACUCUGGUGACGCCUUAAAAAAAGAAAAAAAAAAAAAAAAGAAAAAAGGAUGUGAAGUUCUGGAGGGUUUGCCUUCCCCCCUGAAGGAGCGUUGUGUAUUUCAAAAGAAAAAAAAUGGAAUAAUCGUAAAAUGAAAU